UUUCAACAAGUAAUGGGAAAGGGAUUGGCAUCCGCGUACGACUCCGUUUUUCAUACCUCCGCUUCGCAUCCACUAUCCACUGUGGUUCUGCCCAGAAGUAUACUUUCAUCUUCUUCUCUUCCCAGUUAUCUGUUUCUGCAAUCAUUCGCUGCCACAGUCUCUUAAUACAGUAUACAUACUAUGUGGGGUUCGUCUCGAAACUCAUCUCAGCUUUCGAACCAGAGACAUGAGAUUGUCUGCAGAUAGCUGAUACUAUGAAGCAACAGAAGCAAGAUAGAAAAGGAGGCUUAGAGAAGAGUUUCAAUCCGGAAAACUUCAUCCCAGGCUUUGUCAUUGGGCUCAUAAUUGGGUUGUUGCUGGACUUAACAGACCUCACAAAAAACAAUGUCAAAAAGAAGAAUUUCUUGCCAGGAAAGUCCCAAGCACAAAAUUUGCUCUACAGUAAUGGUGACCAAGAGCUUAAAAUGGUUCUAGUGGUCAGACAGGACCUGAAGAUGGGUGCAGGAAAGAUUGCAUCACAAUGCGCUCAUGCAGCCACUGGAAUGUAUUCAGAGCUGAUGCAAAGCCAUCGGUUACUUUUGAGCAGAUGGGAAAAUUGUGGACAGCCCAAAAUAGUUGUCACAUGCAAAAAUCAACAAGAAAUGAAUAGGAUAAAGGAAGCAGCUGACAGCAUUGGCCUUCCAACUUUUGUUGUUGCUGAUGCUGGGCGGACACAGGUUUUGGCUGGAUCAAAGACUGUUCUUGCAAUAGGACCUGGAUCAAAAGAAUUGGUGAAUUCAGUUACAGGAAAGCUACGCCUGCUUUGAUGCGGCAGGAGAAGAUGAUAUCCUCAGUUAUAACUCCUAGGUUUAAUGGGUAGAUUGUUUGCAGCUAGUUCUUUCAUGUAGCCUGUGUUAAAUGGUUGAGAUGCAUAAAACCACACCAGAAAGCUUGCUAAACAAAGAAUUUCCACCAUUUUCAGUCAGAGGAAGAUUGUUUCUACUUGACUUUGUACUUUUAGCGGGUGGCUUAUGGAUCAUGAUCAUCCCGCUGGUUGACAAGAGAAAUUGAGUAAAGAAAAGUCUUAUCUUGAGUUCUCCACUGCUUUGUUAAUGGAACAGAAUUAAUUGCAUUUUCUUCCCUAAAUUCCUGCUAUUACUGCAGAACUUGGAUUUUUUAACACUUUGAUAGAUGUUUCCUCAAAUUUGUUAAUGAAACUGAACUUUUGGUUGCUAAAAUCAACUGAAUAUCAGCUCAUUGUUCGGCGA